AAGCGGCGCCGUCAAGAUGGAAGCGAGUGAAGAUCCAUUGUCAUUGCCUUUCCUUGUCUUCUGGCCCACGCCCUCUCCAUAUCUGCGUUAGUUGCUUCCACUUGAGGACUCUUAGCUGCUGCUGCUGCUUUACUGAUUCCCUCACCUUCUACUGAAACCUCCUCCUCAUCCUCGACCUGCCGUUCCGAUAUCUGAGGGUGCUCCUAUUUUCACAAAGAUCAAUUUUCCCUGCGCUAUUUUUCUGUUUAUGCUCUUUGAUUCUUUGUGUCUGGUGCUCUGAAUCGGCCACGAUCUGCCUUCUUUUAACUCUACAGUUUUGUUAUCGAUCAGUUUAUCGUUUAUACGUGAUUUCAUUUCUGAUCUUGGUCCAAUUUGAAACAUUUUCUCCAUCUUCCCCUAUUUUUUUAGGAUUGGUUGCAGUUGCAGCAGAUGGGUUCUGGAGAUUGGUUUAAGGCGAUAAUUCAUAGGAAGAAAACAAAGAAAGCUCGGGAUACAUCAAAGCCACAAUCAAAUGACUUUAAGUUGAAGAAUGAAGCUAGUGAUCAUCCAGAUGUAGCUGCUAUUCGAAUUCAAACUUCUUUUCGAAGACUUAGAGUACAAUAAAUAUCCUAUUACAUCUUCAGUUUGGAGUUUUAGGACUUGGUUAGAUAGAUUAGUUAUAUGUCAUCUUGUUUAUUUCAUAGGCGAGGAGAAACCUUCAGAAUCUAAAAAGAAUACAAAGGUUGCAGCUAGGUUUUCGCGCAUCGUAAAUCUGUUCAAAAGCAAGCACCCAACGCUCUGCGACAUUUUCAAUUGUGGAGCAAAAUGCAAAUGCAAAUUAGAGCUCGACGAGCAAGGAUGGUUGUCGAAGGCCGCAUCCGGCAGAAGAAACAUGAGAACCAGUUGAAGCUCGAGGCGAAACUUCAGGAUUUGGAGGUCAAUGUAGAUUGGAAUGGAGGCACCGAGACGAAGGAGGAAGUGAUUGCAAGGAUACAACGAAGGGAAGAAGCUGCGGUUAAGCGCGAACGAGCCAUGACUUAUGCAUUCUCCCAUCAGUGGAGAGCAAGCUCAGGGAUGAACCAAGGGCCAUUUAUGUAUGAGCUAGCAAAAGGCAAUUGGGAAUGGAGUUGGGUAGACAAAUGGAUUGCAGCUCAGCCAUGGGAGAGGAGGCCUUCAGCUCGAUCGUCGAAGCUCGGAGGCACUGAUGCAAAGAUCAUAAACCCUACUCGCCCGAGGAGCAAGAGUGUAAGAUGAAAGCAAGAAGAGCAACCUUCUCAUGGAGGAGAAAUUGUCACAUGACUUAAUUUGUUGCAAUACCACAGACCAUAGCUAUAUAAAUGAUGGUUGAUUGAAUAAAGAGUUUGGCAGGCAGCUGUGGAGAUAUUUUCUUGGUGAUUGCCAUGUUCUAUGGAGGGAUGGUUUGGAUGAUUGAGACAUAUCUGUAUUCAUAUGCAAACAUGGAUGGCAGGUCAGGUCUCCUUCAGACACAUUGAAUUCCAAUCAAUGGAGAAUCUACCCAGAUACUGAAGUUGUUACUUAUUUACCUUGAUCUUGAAGCUGAUUAAAGAAGGAGAACUUUUGUGCAAUCAUGGAAGUUACAAUAAACUCUAUUUCUCUC